CAGUCUUUAGUAUCAAAUAAUAUAUGUUCUCUUUUCUUAAAAAAUCACUAGAAUUGUUUUGCACUUCAGGUUUUGUAACGAUUAAAUUAAAACUCUGUAAAUAAAAUAUUUUAAGUGAUUUAAUUAUUGAAUAACAAACGCAACACUUUAUUAUGUAAGAAAUUUAAUUACUUUUUUUGGGCAAUAGUUUAAAUAAUGUAUAAUGAUUUUUUCUAAAUAGGUCAUUGCCUCUUAAUUUCAGGUGUAAAUAAAGAAACAUUGUUAAUGAGGUUACUUCAGUAGGAACUGCUUAGCUAAAAUGGCUACACAAUGGGGAAAUGAAGACAUUGCCUCGUUUUAUACGACCAAACAUUCCUGGCGUGGAAAGUAUAAGAGAGUUUUUUCAGUUGGUACGAAAGCUGUUACCACUUAUAAUCCAGCUACUGUAGAAGUUACAAAUCAGUGGUCAUACCAAGACUUUUUUGGCAUUACUCCAAGUUCCAAAACUUCCAAUGAAUUUAUUAUUAUUGUGCGGAAAGCUAAAGAGGGCAAAAAAACAGUUUCUAUGACAUUUUCAACAGAACAUCGAGCAGAAGUACUGACACAUGCCUUACGCAUGAGAUCUCAAUUUGCAGAAUCAAAAAAUGUCAAAGAGCUGAGAUAUAAUGCUUACAAACACCACUGGAGUGAUAACAGAGUUCCCAUUAUCCUUCAAAUAACAGCAUCGUCUUUAGACCAGGUGGAUCCCACAACAAACAAAGUGAUAUGUUCUUACGAAUACAAAGACCUGGAAGGUUUGGCAGAAGUUUCUGAUUAUCCUGGUGGUUUUGUUGUUGUCCAUGGUGGAUUUAGUAGGCUGCAUUUAUUUUCAUGUGAACAAAAAGAAGAAAUCGUAAAGAAAGUUAUUGAGACAGCACACACAUUUAUAGGACUUAACAUCAAAAGAAGGAAAGACCCAAUAGAUUUUAAUUACUUUCAAACAAAAAGGCUUGGAAAAUAUUGUGAUGAUGAGUCAAUAACAUCAUUGACCGAAUUUAGAGUUAAUAAAGUAACACCCCGAAGCCAGGAUCCCGUAAAUAGAAUCUUUUCGCUGUCAGAAACAUGUAUUGUUGAACGUGAUCCAGCUACUUACCAAAUUUGUUCACUGCAGCCACUUAGUAAUAUAUUUGCAUUAUUUCGUUCACCUGAGAAUCCACAAUUAUUUGGUAUUGAGUAUGUUCGUGGUUUUACUCGUUCAUAUUUGUGCACAGAUCGUGAUGCACUCUUAUCAAGUUUAAUGGAUGGUGUCCGUGCUAGUGGAAACCAAGAAAUUCAUGUACAAAUGGCUCCAACAAAAAGAGGUUAUCGUCAGUGCCCAUAUUACCAACCAUGCGAUGAAGAAGUUGAAGCUCAUCAUUUGCGAUUUUUGCACCAACCCCCAGCAAAGUUUUUUGAAGCAGUUGCUCGAUUUAACGCUAACAUAUCUUAUAGUGGAUUGCUUCAUGCAGUGUCACAAGAAACUCUGUUUGCAGAAAACAAAGAGAAACUAAUUGUGCAAGGCAUUAGUUCAUUAUUGGCAAAUGAAUAUGAUGUUCGCAGUAUUCCUGCUGAAGAUUUGGAAGCAUUCUUUCAUGCACUGCGCAGAUUAGUAGCAUCCAAAGCUGGAUUUGAAGCUUUUACCACACUUCCCAAGUUCCGUGAAAAGGUUGGCAUUAAGGUGGUGAAAGCAUUGAAACGAAAUGAUGAUGGUGUCACUCAUGCAGCUAUUGAUAUGUUAGCUGCAUUGAUGCAGCCAAUGCAUGAAAACUACAAUCUCCGUCAAGAACAGUUAAAUAAAGCAUCUCUACUAUUUUCAAAAACAUUUUUAGAAGAUCUGUUGGGACUGUUCAAUACUCAUGUGACACAUGGCUCUGGAGCACUGGUAAUCAGUGCAUUGUUAGAUUUUCUUACAUUUGCUUUAUGUCCACCAUACAGUGAAACAACAGAUGGUCAGCAGUUUGAUACUCUUUUAGAAAUGGUAGCAGGGCUUGGCAGAUGUUUGUUCAGGUUAUUUACGCAUCCAUCAAUUGCGAUUGUUAAAGGGGCUGGAAUGGUGAUGAAAGCAGUGAUUGAAGAAGGAGAUGAAGAAAUAUCAGCAAAAAUGCAAGACCUUGCAUUAGCAGAAGGAGCUCUACCGAAACAUUUACAUACAGCUAUGUUUACUUCUGUGACUACGGAUAAUCGACUUUUGACAAAUAGACAACUAAGUCGUCAUUUGGUUGCAUUGUGGGUAGCUGGUCAUCCAACCACAAAAACAUUAUUACGUCGAUGCAUGCCUUUAGGUAUGUUGAAUUAUCUUGAGUCUGAGGAAGAAGUGCCAGAAGCUGAACUUGAUCGUAUAAACGUAAGGGACAACUUAAAAUUAGCAGCAGAAGCUGAUAAUCCAAAACGAAAGAGAAAUAUGCAACUAAUGCAACUGGAGAAAUUCCUUACACAUUGGAAAUCACGUGUUGAAGUCAAAGUUGGAGUCAAAGCAAAGAAAGAGGAAAAACAAGAAAAACCUGUUGUGCUACGCAAGAGAAGACAAAGGGUAAAGAUUGAAGAUAAUUGGGAGUUGUUUUACUAUAAAUUUUCAACAGAUCAUUCAACACCAUUGUUAAUAUGGAACUCAAAGACUCGUGAUGAAUUACGAGAUUCUUUGGAAGCAGAAAUGAGAGCUUUUAAUAUGGAUAAAGAUUUGAGUCAAAAUCGGUUGAUAUCGUGGAAUCAUGCUGAGUUUGAAGUACAAUAUCAGUGUUUGUCAGAUGAAAUCAAAAUAGGCGAUUAUUAUUUAAGAAUAUUAUUGGAAGAGGAUGAAUCUAAGAAUUCACCUAUAGUCGAACCGUUGAACUUUUUCAAUGAUUUGUACCAUCGGUUUUUAAUCACGCCAAAACCAGAUAUGAAAGCAAUGUGUUUGCAGGCAAUGGCUAAAGUUUAUGGUAAAUGUCAUGAAGAAAUUGGACCUUUUCACGACACUAGAUUUAUUGUUGGUAUGUUGGAGCGAUCAACUGAUAAAUUAGAAAGAGAUAGGUUAUUACUGUUUUUGAAAGAGCUGAUGAAGAACAAAGAAAAUGUCAAGCAGUUUAUUGAUGGCGGAGGAAUCAGAAUUCUAGUGGAACUUUUAGUGUUGGCGCAUCUACAUAUUUCCAGAGCAACAGUUCCAAUGCAGACCACAAUGAUAGAAGCAUCUUUAGAAAUGUUCAGAGAUUAUGCUGAAAAGGAAUGGUAUUAUGGCAAUGUUGAAAAAGAAAGAACAGGUCCUUUCAGCUUUCCUGAGAUGAAAGAAAUGUAUGAUCAAAAGAUUUUAAAUCCUUCAACCAGGUGCUGGGCACAAGGAAUGGAUGGAUGGAGGUCACUCAGUUCUGUCCCACAGUUAAAAUGGUCUUUGUGCGCCACAGGCCAACCUAUUUUAAACGACUCGGAUCUUUGUAUUACCUGCCUAAAUAUGCUGAUAUCAAUAUGCAAGUUUUACCCAAACAGGGAUGUUGAUGGAGCUGUGGUUCGACCAUUACCAAAAGCCAAAAGAGUGUUAUCUGAUCCAUCGUGUUUGCCACAUAUCGUUCAACUGCUUCUUACGUUUGAUCCAAGUAUUGUUGAAAAAGUUGCAGCAUUGUUAACAGAUGUUAUGGUGGACAAUCCUGUUAUGCCUCGGUUAUACAUGACUGGAGCAUUUUUCUUCAUUCUAAUGUACACUGGAUCUAAUGUUAUUCCUAUUGGCAGAUUUCUUCAAGAAACACACAUGAAACAAGCUUUUAGAUCAGAAGAGAACAUACCAAAAGAAAUGCUGCAAAGGAGUAUUUUGGGACAAAUACUACCAGAAGCAAUGAUUUGGUACCUUGAAAAUUAUGGUUGUGAAAAAUUUGCUGAGAUAUUCUUGGGUGAAUUUGAAACUCCCGAAGCAAUAUGGAGUAGUGAGAUGAGGCGUAUGAUGAUUGAGAAAAUUGCAUCACACAUUUCCGAUUUUUCACCACGACUUCAAAGUAAUGUUAGAGCUUUAUAUCAGUACUGUCCUAUUCCAGCCAUUCAGUAUCCACAACUUGAAAAUGAAUUAUUUUGCAACAUAUACUACUUGAAACAUCUUUGCGACACACAGAUAUAUCCAGACUGGCCAAUCAAAGAACCAGUAAAACUGUUAAAAGACAUAUUGGAUGCUUGGAAAGAUGAAGUUGAAAAAAAACCACCCACACUUUCAACUGAAGAAGCUUAUGAAGUUUUACGACUCAGCAAAGACACAAAACAUGAAGAUAGUGUUGUCCGAAAGGCCUAUUUUAGAAUGGCACAGAAAUACCAUCCUGAUAAAAAUCCAGAAGGCAGAGAAAUUUUUGAACAAGUUUCAAAGGCUUAUGAAUUUUUGUGCACCAAAGACUCUCGCUCUAAAACAAUGGGACCUGAUCCCAAAAAUAUUGUAUUAGUACUGAAGGCACAAAGUAUACUAUUUAGCAGAUAUAAAGAAGUUCUCCAACCAUAUAAAUAUUCUGGUUAUCCUAUGCUCAUCAAAACUAUUCAAAUGGAAACUAGUGAUAAAUCAUUAUUUGGCAAAGAAACACCACUAUUACCAGCUGCUGCUGAGUUGGCCUACCAUACUGUAAAUUGCUCUGCUUUAAAUGCUGAGGAGCUAAGAAGAGAAAAUGGUAUUGAGUUAUUACAAGAAGCCUACUCCAGAUGUGUGAGUGUGCUAACAGAAUCAACCGGUCCAAAAGACAUUCAAGUUCCUAUCUGCACUUUUAUCACACGUUGUUAUGCUGUGUCAGCACAAUUUGAAGGCUGUCGAGAAAAAAUUACUGAAAUUCCAACAAUAGUCAGUGACUUAUGCAGAAUAAUGACAUUUAAGAACCUAACUUCGCUAGCCUGUGUAGCCGCAGAAUGUAUUUGUAAUUUUUCUGUCGACUUCUGGUUGCAAACACAUCUUUUGCAGUGUGGAGCUUUGUGGAGUUUGUUGCAGUAUUUGUUUAACUAUGAUUACACCCUGGAGGAGAGUGGUGUUGAAACAUCCCAAGAAUCAAACCAGCAGAAAACUGCAAACAAUUUAGCUAAACUAAGUGUGAAAGCUCUUGCGAGGAUGGGAGGAUAUCUUGUUGGCGAGCUAGCAACUCCUGAAAAUCCUGCUGUUAAGAAAUCUUUGGCUGCACUACUUACACCAUAUGUCGCUCGAAAAUUGAGCAAAGAUAACCAACACGAAAUGUUAAAACUGUUGAACUCAAACACAGAGAAUCCAUAUCUUAUCUGGGAUAAUUCUACUCGAGCAGAAUUAAGUGACUUUUUGGAAAAAAAUCAAGAGCUCAGAACUAGAGACCAACAAGAUGCUGCAUACGGCUCAGAAUUUGUUUUUUCUGCUCAUGCCAAAGAAUUGAUUGUUGGAGAAAUAUUUGUACGCGUGUACAACGAACAACCAUCUUUCCCUUUAGAGGAUCCACAGAAAUUUGGAGAAGCUUUAAUUGACUAUUUAGGAUCACAAGCACAGUACUUGCAUUCACUGAUGGCAUUGACCGCAUCAGAAAUCGAUACCAGCAAAACAGGAGCACACAACGCUCGUUUGGAGAAGAUAGGAUUGGCUUUAGAAGCAUUAAGAAAUGUCAUAAAGGGAAAUCCAGGUGUAGAAACUCGAUGUAUAGGACAUUUUAAAUUGCUGUUUUCAUUGCUACGCUUGACAGGUGCUGAAAAAUUGCAGAAGCUGGCACUCGAGGUUGUUGCAAGUGUUACAGGCAAUGGGAAGUGCAUUGCUAACAUUGCUGACGCAGAUGUAUUAGCGUAUCUGUUAUUAACCCUGCACACUUUACCUUCAAGUUGUGUGCUGGUAUUGGACACACUGUAUGCUCUCAUGUCAAAUACAAAAGUGGUGAAAGAAGCAAUGAAUAAAGGAGCAUUAGUGUACCUCUUGGACUUAUUUUGCAAUUCCACCAAUCCACAAGUACGAUCUCGUACUGCAGAACUAUUCGCCAAAAUGAUGUCUGAUAAGCUGAUUGGUCCGAAAGUGAGGAUAGUGCUCUCCAAAUUCCUACCCUCCAUUUUUAUGGACGCCAUGAGGGAUAGUCCUGAGGCUUCUGUGCAGAUGUUCGAAGCUAACCAUGAAAAUCCUGAGUUAAUAUGGAACGAUGACGCUCGAGAGAAGGUUUCGAUAACCACCAAGGAAUUGAAACACAAACAUUACCAAAUUCAGAAAGAUGAUCCUUAUGCGACCUGGAGAUUACCAGAUAAUUUUGUCAUCACACUCGAUGAUGUUGUGGAAGAAUUUGUUGUGGGAGGUGUUUUUCUCCGUCUCUUUGUUUCACAACCAAAUUGGGUGCUUAGGAAACCAAAAGAGUUCAUGGUGUCUCUCAUGGACAAAUUUAUUAGUCUUACAACUAAACCGAAUAUGAAUAACGAACAUCUGGAGAUGGUCACACAAGCUAUAGUUUCAUUUUUCAACGCACAACCUCCAUUAUUGGAUCAGGUACCAGCAUUGGGUCAUAUACCACAGAUAUUUCAAGUUAUGGCUUCUAGUAACAACUCCGUACCCAAGUAUGCACUUCAGGUUAUACACGUGCUGGCUAAUAACGAGCUCUGCGUUCGCUCGAUGGCGCAGACAGAUGGUAUUCGGUUGAUGAUUGUCGCCAUGCGUUCACGCGAAGACGCGAUGGGUUUAGCAGCUGAAACACUGAAUAGAAUGUUUGAAAAAAAUCAUACAGAGCUCGUAGCCCAGGCUCUCCGCGUUGAUCUGGUAAAGUUUUUGCUUACUAUUUUGGACAGCCCUCUGACUGGUGUAAAAAAUGCAUCUGGAACGAAAGCUCAAAUAGUAAAAGCGUUAAAAGCGAUGUUGAAAGACUUGAAUUAUGGUGAACAGGUUAAUCAAAUCUUGGAAGCGUCACCAAUUUGGUCAUCAUUUCGCGAUCAGAAACAUGACCUUUUUCUGUCUGCGAACACUCAUGCUGGUUAUUUAACGGGGCCUGUUGGCACGGCUGGUUAUUUAACGCAAGGUCCGAGCUCAUCACCUGCAGCCAUGUCUAGACCUCCACCGAUUGAUAAGAAUGAUGAUUUAUUUAGUUGAUUAUGAAAUAAAGCUGUUAUUUUUCUAUAAAAACUAUUCUUACAUAAAGUUCUAAACUGCUGCCGAUAGUUUUAAAUACUGUGAAGAAGGUUUCGUAUGAUUCUGGAAAAUCUAAAUCACAUAAAAAAGGGAAAUUUUUAACAAAGUUAGAAUUUUUUUGUAAAUUAUCAGUUAGGGAUAUUCAACUGAUUGAAAACGUUGCUAAUUUCCUUGAACUGAUUUAGUGUUUUUUAAGUUUUCUACAAGUGAAGCAACUAGUACGAAGUCGAAAAAAGCAAAUAUAUUUCCAGACCUUUUUUUGUCCUCUAAUUUUUUGGAUAAAUGCGUUUUUUACUGGAAACUAGUAUUAUUUUUGUACGUUAGAAUUUUUUACGUUUUACGAUAAUAUCUUUAGUUAUAAACACACCCUGGUUAAACAUUUAGAACGCACUAAUAUUUACGAUUAAGUAUCAUAGCUAACUAUGUGUGGAUUAUGCUUGAUGUUUUGAGGUAUAAAGUAAAAUUUUGCAAGCAUUGAAAAUUUCUAGCUAUAAGUCAUGCUUUAAUGCAAUGUUUCUCGGGAGGUUUUUGAAGCUAUGUUUUACUUAAAAAGUUAAAUAAUUAGUUAGUUGUUUGUUAUUUCAAUAAUUUAAUCUGAUGACCUCAAAGUUUUUUUAAAAUGGCAUGCCUGAUUAUAGAAGUAUCCCUCAUCUUGAUUCAACGAGGGAGACUUCUUUCUGUAUGUAAUGUUCUCCAUCAUACAUGAUAUUGAAGUAUAGCUAUAAUUAGUAUAUUAUAGAUGGAGUGUUUUAAUUUGUCUGUUUUCUUUGUUCACGUAUUUUGUUGUCACGUGCUAUUUACAAGAUUUACUUCUAUUAAACAAUUUGUUUGCUUACAAUACCUGGGUCUCCGCGGAGAAGUACACUGUACGGUAGAAUUUCUGUAUUGACAGAACUCUAUCAACAUCGUUCUUCUCAUAAUUAUUUUGGUUUGAUUUUUAUAUGUGGGAGAAUCAAAUGAAGUACAAUUAUAAUUGUUAAUUUUAUGGAUUUCAUAGUUGUAUAAAUUAAAAAUGUAUUUCCA